GCCGCCGCUCCCGGCCGGGGUCUCCGUCCCGAGCGCGAUCGGCGCCGCCGCCGCCGCAUUUGGCGGAGCGGGACCCGCCGGGAUCCGCCGCCCCCGCGGGGCUCCGGUAACUCACUCCGAGCGCCCGGGGCGGGCCGGGAGAGUGCGGGGGGCGCCGUCCCGUCCCGUCCCGUCCCGCCCCAUCCCGGCCGCCGCCGCCGUCCCCCCCCUGGAUGUGCCGCUUCUCUCCCAGACUGAACCGCCGCUGCCGCCGCCACCGGGGGAACGGGGGACGCGGAGCCGCCGGAGCAGCCGCUUCGCCCGGGGUUGCUCGGAGCCCCCCCGGAGGUCCCCGCGUCGCCCCCCGGGCCCCGCAGCCCCCCGGGCCCCACCGCUCCCCCGAUGUACCCCUGAGACACCCCCGGGCCCCACCGCGACAUGUUCGACCCCGCGGGACCCCCGGCCGCCGGCUACAGCGAGCAYUGCUGCCUGCAUCCUCCCCACGGACCAGCCCCCGCCGCCCCGGGACCRCCAGGACUUGAUUUCCCCGUGUGCCAUCAGCCCGGACACCGUGGCUAUGGGCUGGCACCAGGAGCCGAACACCCUGGUGAUGGCUCCCGGUUCUCCACGCCCCGCGGCGCAGGGAAGUUGGGGAAGAAGCGGGCGCUGUCCAUCUCCCCUCUGUCCGACUCCAGCAUCGACCUGCAGACCGUGAUCCGCACCUCUCCCAACUCCUUGGUCGCCUUCAUCAACUCCCGCUGCGCUUCCUCCGGCGGCUCCUAUGGGCACCUCUCCAUCAGCACCAUCAGCCCGUCCCUGGGGUACCAGAGUCCACCCGGGCAGCAGAAGGGCCAAGGGCACCUGUACACGCCUCCCCAGCCUUGCGGCUCCCACGAGCUGCCCACGCGCCCGGGCCAUCUCCAUGCUGACUGCUUCCCUCUCUCCCUGCCCUGGCAGCAGCUGAAGCUGGAGUGGAGCCUGAGCAGCCCCCUGGCUGCCAAAUUCCCAGAGGAACGAUCYGAGGGUGACAUCUCCAGCCCAGCAUCCACGGGCACCCAGGAUCCUUUGCUGGGAAUGCUGGAUGUUCGGGAAGAGCUGGAGAAGGAGGAUGGGAAACCCGAGUGYGAGGCUGUGUAUGAGACCAACUGCUACUGGGAUGGCUGUGCCAAGGAAUUCGACACGCAGGAGCAGCUGGUGCACCACAUCAACAACGAGCACAUCCACGGGGAGAAGAAGGARUUCGUGUGCCACUGGGCAGCGUGUUCCCGGGAGCAGAGGCCCUUCAAGGCUCAGUACAUGCUGGUGGUKCACAUGCGGCGUCACACGGGCGAGAAACCUCACAAGUGCACGUUUGAGGGUUGUAACAAGGCUUAUUCCCGCCUGGAGAACCUCAAGACUCACCUGCGCUCUCACACGGGGGAGAAACCCUACGUGUGUGAGCACGAGGGGUGCAACAAAGCCUUCUCCAACGCCUCUGACCGCGCCAAGCACCAAAACCGCACCCACUCCAACGAGAAGCCAUACGUGUGCAAGAUUCCUAGCUGCACCAAACGCUACACAAACCUCCCCCAGGGCUCCCUGCGCACUUCCAGGCUCUUCCACAUCCCUGAUUUUUACCCCUGUCCCAGCCCGGGUGGACAGUCAUCCUGCAGCAGUGACCACUCACCCCUGGGCAGCACCACCAACAACGACAGUGGCGUGGAGAUGGCUGGAAACGCCGGUGGCAGCUACGAGGACCUGUCCACGCUGGAGGACGUGAUGCCUGGUGAACCCAUGGGCACCUCGGGGCUCAUGGCUCUSCAUAAACUGGAAAAUCUUCGAAUCGACAAGCUGAAGCAGCUGAGGAAACCUGCAGCUUCCAAGGGGYUGAACCUGCCACCCAUCCCUGGAGCUGGMCUGCCCGGGGAGGUGCCCGGACUCCCGGUUCCACCCCCGGCCUCUCACCGGCGCAUCMCGGAGCUGUCCACAGCCGAGCUGGGGUUGGCAGCCCUGGGCGAGCGCCGGAGCAGCGGCACCAGCACCGUCAGCUCCGCCUACACCGUCAGCCGCCGCUCUUCGCUGGUGUCACCGUACCUGGGCGGGCCGUGCCYGGGCGGUGACACCGGAGCGUUGCCCGGCGGGACGUGCCCGGUGGAUGGCUACGAUGCCGUUUCUCCGGACGAAUCGCGGCGCUCUGGUGAUGCCGCUGUUUGCGGGGGGCUACCGGGCGUGGGCAACCUCACCCCGGCGCAGCGUUACCGCCUCAAGGCCAAAUACGCCGCGGCCACCGGCGGGCCCCCGCCGACCCCGCUGCCCGGWGUGGAGCGGGUGGUGGCCGGUGGCCACCUCGGAGUGCCCGGGGGCUACCCCGCGCCUGCUGGAGGUCGCUGCGUCACCAACGGCUUGUUGAGGAGGCACAGCUCCAACGAGCAUCCUGGCUACCCAGGAGGUGUCCCCGCUCACCUGGCGCCCCGGCAYGGAGUGAGACGGGCGAGUGACCCUGCCAGGACGGUGGCCAAGCCUCCGGCCCCGCCCAGGGUGCAGCGGUUUAAGAGCGUGGGGAAUGUGAGCGUGCCGGGCGCGGGCAGGACGGCGCUGCAGCCCUUGGACGGCUCCGAGGUCAACUUGCAACGCCACGGUUUCUCCCCGCGGCCCCCCAGCAUCACUGAGAACGUCUUCCUGGAGAGCAUGGGGGGCUCCGGCCCCGAGUCYGGCUUGCUGGAGAUGGAUCAGUACCUGGGCUAUCCCGAGGAAAGCUUCCCGUGCCAGGGCGCCAGUGUGGAGCUCCAGGGGGGCAUCUACGGCGCUCACCGGACCAUGGGAGGGACACACGGGGACAUGGAGGAGGGGCUGCUGCAGCCCGAGUUCUCCCUGCCGCAGUGCCAGAUGAACCAGCACUUCCCCAGUUUGCCAGCUGGGAAUGGGGCCGUGCCCGCGCCUUGGGAUGGACCCUCCCAGGGCACGCUGGAUAUGGGAUCCAGGCAAAACAUAGCUCCCGCCGUGUCCGGGCAGCACUGUCCCCAUCAAAGCGUCGAGUAYCCCCAUCCCAGCGCCUGCGGGCAGCAUCCCAGACUGGUGAACUCGUGCCAGGACGGUGGAUUUUCAGGCGGSCACCGGUUCAACCGACUACAGAUCAAAUCGGAGCAGCGAUACCCAGCGCCUGCUCCAGCACUUGCUCCCUGCUCCAGCGCCAAACUGGCCGGGCCCCCUCUGUCCCCCGCUGCUUUUGGCCACGCCGUGGAUGUGGGGCCGGGCGGGUACCCCCCCUCGGGGCCGGCACCGGGUGGGUACAUGGGCAUYGCCAGCCCCGGUGCCCGCAGAGCGCAGACCCCCACCCUGCAGACCAAAGAAGUGAUGGUCCGGAACUACGUGGAGGCGCAGCAGGCGCUGAUGUGGGGCGAGCAGACCCCCUCCAAAGGGGGUGUGGGUGGUGUGGGGCUGGGCAACGAGCCCGGGCAGUGCCAGGCCAUGCCAGCCCCGCCGUACCUCAGCCCCAGGUACUGCGGUUACCAAGCCAAACCGGAUCACCUGCAGAGCCUGCCGGAGCCCCAGCACCUCCUGAGCUCUCCCUGCUUCAACCCCGAGAUGGUCCCGCACCCUCCGGGUGGCCCAAAACCGCCGGGUCACCAAACCAGCCUGAGCUACCCUGGCAGCCUGGCACAACCGGGGCACAUCUACGAAGGGGUGGACUCCAGUGCCCGGCGCCUGCCGCGCUUGCCCCCYGCCCGCCCCGUGCCCGAGGGGCCGGGCAACCUCCCCCUGUACUACCCAGGCCCCCAUGGGCAGGGGGGCAAAGGCGGGCACAAACUGCUGGGCCAGGUGCCAGCGAGCUGCGGGGGGAGCGGGCACUACAGCGGGGGUCCCGAGGGACUCAAAACCACCUCCUGUUACUACCUGGACUCGGGCGAGCAGGUGGCCAACAGCCUGGACUCACUGGACCUGGAGAACACGCACCUUGACUUCGCUGCCAUUGUGGAGGACGUGGAGACCCCCACGGCGCUGCCCGGACCCCCCAGCCCGGCCGGGGGGCUCCUGCUGCCUUCCUCCGGGGGUGCCAACAUGGCAGUGGGGGAUAUGAGCUCCAUGCUGAGCACGUUGGCGGGGGAGAGCCACUUCCUCAACUCGCUGUCCUAACGGGGGGUACCUCUGGAGCCGGGGGGGGCUCCAAUGUGUGGGGCAGAGGUGGGAAUCCUUCUCACGCACAGGUUUGUGCCUGGGGRGAAGCGGGGAACAUCCCUGGAGCUCCCCUUUUCCAUCCUCUGAGUGUCACCCUCGUUCGGGAGGGUCGUAGAAAYAACCCCAACCCUUCAGGUCAUCUCUGAUGUGGGGGACUGGUUUUACCGGGCCCCUAUUCCAGUGCCUCGGAGCUGCCCCCGCGCAGCCUUAAUGCCGAAACCAAAGAGCCCCCCCGCCCCAGUGUUCCCAGUACCCCCCACCCCUCAAAUCCCAGUCUGUCACGACUGCAAGCCCCCCCAGUCUGGCUCCAGAGGGGCAGUUCCCCAGAAAUGGGGCGGGGGGUGCCUGUACAUAGCGUUCAUUUCUGUCUGUCUGUCCGGAAGGGGAGGGGGGGUCCCCAAAAACUCCCGUCCGUGAGAGCACCAGCAGUGCCACCACCGCCCUCCCCCCGCAUUAAACCCUUUCUCAGGGGACUGUGACUGUGUGUUUGUCACCCCUGUGGGAUUCUCCUACCUUGGGAAGGGUGGACAGGACCCCCAAACCCCCUCUUUGGUCCUCACCACCCUCCCUAUUCGGGAUCCGAGGCUGUUCCUGUGCCCCAGAGUGAGCGGCAUUGGUUAAAAGAGCAAUUCGUGCUUCAAAUAAUGGCUUGAAUAAUGCUGUUAAUUAUGCAAAAAUUGGUUAAAAUAAUUCGAUCGUGCGAAAAAAAAUUACCUAAGAUAACAUAAUGAUAAAAAAGCUUAAAAUAAGGCAAUUUUAUAUUAUUUAGU